AAAAGAGUAAGACGCGAGCUCACUUCAAGAGUUGCGUCCCCUUCUAUUUACUCGCGUGGUUGUUAUAGGAACGUCAAUAGCGUCAAAAUGGCGAGCUCACAGGACCAAGAUUUGGGAGAGAAGAAAAGUAAACGCCUUUUUCUGAACCAAAUUGAUGAAUUUCAGGGAAAAAAUUUAGCAAAGUAUUUAUCUCACUGUGUUGUUGGGGCCUCACUGGAAGAAGCAGAAGAAGAAGAUGAUAACCAAUCAGUGGACAGUUCUCUCAUUCCACCACCAAAAGAAGGAUGUUAUGAAGUUGUUGGUACAACCAAAGCUAGAGAAUAUACCAAACCAGAUGAUGUUAAAGAAAUUAUUCAGUAUGAUAAUAGAGAUCAGUUAUAUGAACAGUUAGUAGAAUGUGAUGUUAUUGUUUAUGAUAUAACAGAGGAUCCAGACCAAAUUGAUGAGGCUGUCUGGGCAGUGUCAGAAUUGCAUGCUGAUCUGGAGAAAAUUGAGAAGCCUAAAAUGUUUAUAUUAAUAUCAUCUUGUAUGACAUGGGCUAAAAGCAAACCUUUGGACCCAGAUGAUCCAGAAAUUCCAUUUACAGAAGAUGACUACAGACGUCGUAAACCACAUCCUAAUUUCAAAGAACAUAUCAGUGCUGAAAAAACUGUUAUUAAACUUGGUAAAACGAACAAGUCCAAGUUGGUGACAUAUGUGGUAUGUUCAGGAUUAACAUAUGGUGCAGAAGAAAAUAUAUUUCAUUAUUUAUUCAAGUCUGCUUGGCACAAUGUACCUCAACUCCAGAUAUUUGGUAAUGGACAGAAUGUGAUACCUACUAUCCAUAUUAAAGAUUUAGGAGGUGUUAUUCAAAAUGUAGCUGAUUCCAGGCCUAAAGUUCGCUAUUUGAUUGCUAAGGAUGACGCUCAGAAUACAUUGGAAGAAAUAGUCAGGGCUGUAAGUGCUGGACUUGGUACAGGAAGAGUUAAAACUAUCACAAGAGAAGAAGCUUUACUGCAGAGAGAUAUAGAGCAAGCUGAUUUUGAUAUGUUAUUAGUUAAUCUGAGAAUGGAUGCAGUACAUGUCAAAGAAAGUAUGAGAAUAAGCUGGGUUUCAGAAGGUGGUUUGGUAGAGAAUUUACCACAACUCAUCAAAGAAUAUAAAGAUUUGAGACAUCUGCAGCCAUUGAGAGCUGUAAUACUGGGCCCACCAGCAUCUGGUAAAACUACAGUAGCCAAAGCUUUAUGUCAGUUGUAUAAACUACAUCAUAUUACUCUUAAAGAUGUUAUUGAAGAUGAAUUAGAAAAUUUAGCAACUAAAGCAAGAAAAGCUGAAUCAGAGGAAGAAGAAGAUGAUGGAUCAGCUCAAGAUGCUCAGGAAUUUUUAGAUCAAAUCAAUGAUAGUAAAGAAAACAACAAUGGUCGUAUUGAGGAUCAAUUUAUCAUCAGAUUUUAUAAAGAUAAACUACAUUCAAUGUCUUGUCAAAAUCAAGGCUUUAUAUUAGAUGGUUUUCCCAAGACAUUAGAACAAGCUAGAGAAUUAUUUAUUGGUGAUGAGGAUGAAGAGCCAGAAGAAGCCUCAAAGGGAGGUAAUUAUGAUAAAGCUAUCAUGCCAGAGUUUGUCAUCUCUUUAGAAGCUACUGAUGAGUUUGUUAAAGAGCGAGUGAUGAACCUACCAGAAAGUAUUGUGACUGGUUCACACAACACUGAGGAGGGUCUGAUGCGAAGAUUGGCUGAGUUCAGAGCUAAUAAUACUGAAGAUGACACUGUAUUAAACUAUUUUGAUGAACUGGAAUUCCAUCCAGAAAGAAUAGAUGUAGUAAAGGAUAAGUCACCGAUGAUGAAAGAAACCAUUGAGAAAAUCAAGAAGAUUAUGGGUUCUCCGAGAAAUUAUGGUCCAACACCAGAGGAAAUAGAAGAAAAGAGAAAAGCUGAAGAAGAGGAAAGAUUGAAGAGAGAAACAGAAGAGAGAGAAGAAAGGGAAAGAAAGGAGGCUGAAGAGGCAGCAGAAAGAAAGAAACGUCAAGAAAUCUGGACCCAGAGAUUAAAUGAAGUUAAAAGAGAAGAGUAUGAACUAUUAGAAGCUCAGUCAUAUCCAUUACGUAAUUACCUGAUGAAACAUGUGAUGCCUACUUUAACACAGGGCUUAAUAGACUGUUGUAAAGUUAGACCUGAUGAUCCCAUAGAUUACUUGGCUGAGUAUUUGUUUCAACAGAAUCCUCAAGUUGAUUAAAUGAUUAUUAUUCCAUUAUUCAUCACUAAAACAGUGUGAUAUAUUUCAGCAUUACUUUUACUGAAAUUUUGAAUUUCCUUUUAAACUUAAUGUACAUCCAUUCCAAAGAUGUUUAAAUUCCAAUGCCUUUUAAUGUGUAAAUAGGCCAAUUUGUAUAAGUUUUUCAUUUUAUUAUCUGUGAUUAAAACCGUAUUAUUAGACUAUUUUAAUAAGAUUUGUAUUUUUAAAAUAUUUGUUUAUGUAAUGUGUUUAUUAUUUAUUAAUAAACAGUCAGAAAUUUA